AUGGACUUGUUGGUUUUCCAGCACGAGAGAGGGAAAUCGGUUCCUCAGCAAGAGGAAGCCCUUUUCCCUGCGAAACUUUGUGCAACCCAGCGCCAACAGCAUUCAGGCGUUUGCAUUUCAGACCGCGCAUUGCUCCGCGUACGGAACGACGUGGGGGCAAGGCGGGUGUGGGGCAGGAGCAGCGACGGGGAGAGGCCACCGACCGCCGACGCCCUGGAACCAGAUCUGCUGGGAAUCCCCCGCGGAGCCCCUUCUCCUCUUCCUCUCCUACAGCUGGUGUCUGCCUUGCACAGCCUCACCAGGCACGUCGUGUACCGUGGCUUGACGAGGGCAGAAGAUAUCCUCUCUCUCUUCCCGGAAAACUUCCACCAAAAUCUGAAAAACCUGCUGACUAAGAUAAUCUUGGAGAAUCUCUCUUCUUGGAGGAAUGAAGCACAAGCAAGUCAGAUCUCCCUACCUCGGCUGGUCGACAUGGACUGGAGGGUGGACAUCAAGACGUCUUCAGACAGCAUCAGCAGAAUGGCAGUCCCUACUUGCCUGCUUCAGUUAAAGAUUCAGGAAGAUGUUGCUUUAUGUGGAAAUAGUCCUGUUGUUUCUGCACUGACUGUGGAACUGAGUAAAGAAACCCUGGACACUAUGUUAGAAGGUCUAGGAAGGAUCCGGGACCAACUUUCUGCCGUUGCAAACAAAUGAAUACUCAAGGGCAUGGAUUCCAGCAGUGAGGAAGGGAAGUAUUCUCUGCCUACAGCUCUAAUAAGCUGCAGCCUAGUCUAACAUGUUUUCUGUUUUAACAAAACAAAGAGAUUUCUUUAUUGAGUUAGUAAGAUGGCUUUUGGAAAGCUAACACUUAAACAUUCCUUUGGCCUGAUGCCAAAACACGUUGUCCUAAUAUGUUGUUGUACAGAAGCUGGUCUUUAUUUCAGAAAAGGAUUUGAGGGUUCAGAGAUGGGCUUAAUCACAAGGGUCGUAACUGGAGAUAGAAAAUAGCUGCAGCCAAUGAAGCAAGUGCUAUCUCUCUGCCCUGAAAUUAGGAUCUAAAAGGCUCAAGCUGGUUAAUGGGCUGCCCUCCAGCAUUAGCAGACAAGGAGGGUGCUUCUCCCUGGAAUGUGCAUGUAUUGAGGUGCAUUCUAGAUGUAGCGCUCUCUCCCUCUCAUUGAAGCACAGCCAUGCUGCAGAUUGUUAUUACAGGAUAAUGCUUUGAAAUAGGGCAAUUAUGCUACCACACAUUCCCUUCUGAUCAGCUUCAUAGCACCAUUUACAAAAUGACUAGUCUGAACAUCUUUAGCAGCAAGUAAUUUCCUUCUUCUGUUUGAAAAAAGGAGUUCAGAUAAUUCAUGUUUGGCUUUAUUGGAUUUUGCCUUUGCUGCACAAAAACCAGGCUGGGAAAGUAAAGAAUUGGUGGCUGUUUUCUGUACUGUAGGAAACCCUUCUGUGGCAAUAUGUGCCUAUACUUCUCCAAAGUGUUCCGUUUUGUUUGUGUAAAUCUUCAUUUAAUUAAAAAAUGAACUGCUA